AUGGAAGGUUUUUUGAAGCGCGCCAAGUCCUUCGCUGAAGAAGCGGCAAAGCCGAACAAAAUCGCCGGAACCGCCAAGAAGUCCAGGGAGCUUGCUCUUGAAGCCUCCAAUAAAGCCGAUGAAUUCAAAACCGCGGUUCUCCGGCAAGCCGAUCAAAUCCAAUUCCAGAGCCUCUCCAAGUCCAUUUCCGAUAAUAUCCCUCCUCAUCUCGGAUCCUCCGCAAUAUACGAUUCGGAGCUCCGGAACUUUGGUCUCACUGAUGAUUUGAGAGGAUUCGUUAGAGGUUUCACUUCUAGUACUUUCCAGAACUUCUCUUCCCUUGUCCGCGGUACGGAACCGUCCGAUGCGAGUGUUGCGGGGACCAAUGUACGGAAGGAUCUGAGUGAAUGGCAAGAGAGGCAUGCCACUCUUGUUCUUACUACUGUUGAGGAAAUCAAGAAAUUAAGAUAUGAAUUGUGCCCGCGUGUGAUGAAAGACAGAAAAUUUUGGAGGAUAUAUUUUGUUCUUGUUAGUACUUAUGUCGGCCUGUAA